UCCUGUAUAUUUCCUGUGUUCGGUAUAGGGAUGGAAUGUCGUGCUACGUCAGCCGAACGAAUUUCGAUGGGACCAGGUUUUCCACAUUCAGGAAUGGCUCCACGCUCUCGUCUCAAUGGCACCUUGUUGAGACGUUUCCGAGGUACUAAGUCCUUAAACCCGCGUCCAGGCCGCUCGAGCUCUCCAGCUCCUUCGUCCCGAGACGAACACCGUCCUCGUCUUCCCAUCCGUCGCCCCGUCGCAGAAUCCCUGUUGCCAUCCGUGGACUCCCUUCUGCAUUACCAAAGCCUUUACAUGCUCUCGGAGGCCCUGGCCGUGGUGGUACUGGAUCCAAAUUUUUGGAACGGCAAAACGUUACGGGUCGUGUCCAGUGUGAAUAGUGUAUUAGAGUCUCCCAUUUGUUCAGCCGUAGUAAAGAUAAAAAUAAUUUCAGCAUUUAAAUGAUCAACCCAACAAAUGAUUUAAUUUUUUUCAGCAAAUUGGGACAGGUUCCCCUAGUUUAUUAUAUACCCCUGAUGUUGAAUGCUUGAUUGUAAAAACUCACUUUUUUAUAUUCGUAAUUCUAAAUUGUUUUCAGCUAACAAAAACUUCUUAAACGUUUCUAUGUACUCCUGUGUAUCUUUGUACUUGAAAACCACGAUGUCGCCCAUGUUUACAACAACUUUAUUGUCUUUAAUUAAAUCAUCUAAUAACUUGUUAACGAACC